CCGGAGCAGAGGAGGCUCAGCGAAGCAAAGAUGUCGCCGCCGCCGGCGCGUAGCAACCUCCUCCUGCUCCUCAUCCUCUCCUCCGUCGCCCUCUUCAUCCUGCCGCCACCGGCGACGUCGUCCAUCAUCCGGCUGCCCUACGGCGACGACAUCAUCGCCGAGACCUGCCAGAGGUGCGGCGAGAAUAACCAGAACGUGGACUACGCCCUCUGCGUGGCCUCCCUCUCGGCCGACCCCGCCGGCCGCGACGCCGACCUCCGCGGGCUCGCGCUCAUCUCGGCCAGGCUUGUGCGGGUGGGGGUGGCCGGCAUGGACUCCGGCAUGGCGGCGCUGCGGGGGAAGGAGGCGGCGGGGUCGACGAGGUGGUCCUGCCUCGACGCCUGCACGAAGGUGUUCCGCGACGCCGUGGCCGACCUUGAUGAGUCCGUCGCCGCCGUCGUGGAAGGGAGGUACGAUGAGGCCAAGACCAAGAUGACCGCCACCGCCGACGCGCCUGUGACCUGCAGCGACGAGUUCAAGGAGCAGGGCUUGCCGCCGCCCAUGGAGGCGGAGAGCCGGCGCCUGUUCCAGCACGCAGUCAUCUCCCUCGCCAUCAUCUCAUUACUCUGAGUCUGGAUAUCAGAUUUACGUUCAGCAUACGUACAUCU